UAACUCUUUACUUAAUUAUUUGCCGUUUACACGCGCAGCUCAAGAGAGUUUCUCAGAUGACUAAUUUUGAAAAUUUGUCUGGUUUAAUUUAUGUCUUAUGUCUCUGCGGCCAAUACAAAUAUUCUGUUUUUGGGUCAUUCACGUUUUCUCAGAAAUUUAGCAAAUUCAAAAUACUGGAAAGAAAAUGUUUAUGAGUUUAAUGCUAUAAUUGAUAUGUUUUAUCCAAAUGACAAUCACAAUACUAUAGAAAGUUUGCCUUUAUCUCCUCCAUGUGGUUUUAUUAAUGAAAUAAGUUACAAUGAACUUAAUUUAUGCGAAGUAAUUGGAAGAGGUGCUUACGGUACUGUUCAAAAAGCAAUAUGGAGAAAUCAUAUAGUUGCAAUAAAAAUUCCAGAAAAUCAAAAUGAUCGUAAAGAAUUUAGAGAUGAAGCUAAACGGUUAUCUAUUGUGCAGCACAGAAACAUAAUCCAGUUAUAUGGAACAGUUAUAAAUGGGCCAAAACUGUGCUUAGUGAUGGAGCUAGCAGAUUGUGGUUCAUUACAUAAUUUGCUGCACCCACCACUUGGGAAUAAAACUAUUCAUUACACACUUGCUCAUGUGUUAAGUUGGUCAUUACAAUGUGCUGAAGCAGUUGAUUAUUUACACAAUAUAAAGCCAAUGCCUAUCAUACACAGAGAUCUAAAACCACCUAACAUGUUGUUAAAGCAAUCUGGGACUGUUUUAAAAAUAUGUGAUUUUGGCACAGCAUGUCAUCCUCAUUCAGAAAUGUCUUCUAAUAAAGGAAGUGCAUCCUGGAUGGCACCAGAAGUAUUUAUAGGAACAAGGUAUGCUGAGAAAUGUGAUGUUUAUAGCUUUGGCAUCAUACUUUGGGAGAUGUUAGCAAGAAAAAAGCCAUUUGAAGGAAAUCCAUUUCAAAUAAUGUGGAAGGUGCAUGAAGGAAAGCGGCCUUUUCCAAUAAAUGGUAUUCCAUCAUGUUUAGAAAUUCUCAUUCAGAGGUGUUGGCAGAAAGAAGAAAAAGAUCGACCGGCUUUUGUUGAUAUUGUAAAAUUUUUGCGUAAAGCCAACUCGUAUGUAUCGGGCGGAGAAUUACCUUUGAUGGAGUGCGCACAAUCUGCUUGCAAACAAUCAUGGGUUGAUAGUGAAACAAAGACAUCAAUACCUAGCGAAACAAAUGAAGAUCGUAUUACUGAAACAAGUCAAUCAGUUAUAUCAGAAAGUAAUCAUAUGCCUUCAAUGAACCCCUCUCCAUUUAUUGCUAUAUCUUCACCCAAAAUUUCAAAAAGAAUUUUUUUAAGCUAUCCAGAAAACUUUGAUCCUCAAAUAAUACCAGAAACUUCAUCAACAAGCAAUUUGCAUUCUAGUCAAAGUUUUAAUUUGAUUCCACCUGAUUUGCUGCCAAUGAAACCAUUAGAAGAUCCUGAAUCUAUUCAAAUAUAUAGGAAUCAUAUGGAAGAAUUGGAAAAAUACUUAUCUAUACAAAGAAAUAUAGAGUUUCUUAAACAAAAAAAGGAAAAUUUACAAAAGAAUAUAAUUGAAAUAAAUUUACAACAAACAAAAAGUAUGAACGACUUCAUUUCAGCUCAGGAAACCAGGCAACAAUUACUGGAUAUGCACAAGACGAUAAAACCAUUGUUACAAAAAGAACGUGCUAAAUUUGCUGGAACAUCUUUAAUAGAUCCCAAUGUGCGAUGAAUAAAUCCAUUGUUGUUCAAUUGACAAAAAAUUUUUUUUAAUUAAACCGACGGUUUUUUGUAAUAUAUUAUGAAUUAUGCAUAUUACGUGCAAUAUAGGACAAAUUCUGAGUGCUCUCAGACAAUAGAAAUGUUUUAAUUUUAUAAAUUUUUUGCAAUUCCGUGUAAUUGUAAAAUUACGGCUGCUUUUUGUACAUAAUGUUAAAGUUAAUAAAUUAAAAGAAAAAAAUUUA